UUUUCUUUUUAAAUACACUAUUUAUAGUGUUAACCAUUGUGCUAAGAAAUUGAUUUCAUUUUUUUAAAUUCACAAACAGGCAAAAACACUGCUAACCUGUUAAUUGACAACAAGUUUACAUUUUUCAGCCUAUUCUAUGAAACUUUUUUAUAAAGGUAGAUCUAUUUUAUCCAGCCAUCCUUUUGAAGGGUUGUGAUCAAUGUGACCUUUCUACAUUGCCCUUUAAUGUUCAAAGAGCCUUUCCACUCCCGCCCAACAUAUAAAUACAAAUGCAGUGCAGGUCGAGAAGGUAUACGCUGAAAGCUUUUCAGGCUACAUCCAACCAGAACCGAAUACUGUGGUCAGCUCCUGCUGAAAAUGAGUUGCAGCAACAGUCUCGCCCAGGUGCAAAAGGUGGUGGAACAGCUUCGGAUAGAGGCAAGCAUGGAGAGGACAAAGAUUUCUUUCACUGCAAUAGACUUGGUCCAAUACUGCCUGGACCACAGGCGCAGUGACCCUUUAAUAACUGGCAUCGCCGCCUCUUCCAACCCAUUCAAAGAUAAGAAGUCCUGCGUGCUGCUAUGAGAUGGCAAACUUUGACAUCAGUUCAUCAAAUUAAGCUGUCAUUUUAUGUUAACUCCUUGUACCCAUGGAAAAUUUGAAACUGUGAAUUAAAUUGAAUGCUCUGUGAGUGAAACACAUCUUUCAUUUGCAUUGUUUUAGUUUGAUAACCUUGAAAACCAGCUUGACUUGCCAUGUACAAGAUAAAUGGUGAAAGUCCGACUGGCUUGCCAGGCUA